UCACUAUUGAUACCGAACACGAGCCAUCCGAAUGCACCUCGCGGUGACGAAUCUUGUGCGAGAGUGGUUCGAACAUUCGGAUCGAAGAAACGCGAUAGCGAUUUGCAACGAUUUUUAACUGCUGAACAACUGGCACAAUCGUGGAGAUCCGUGAUCUACCCGAGAGAGGCGUGUGGAAGUAGAAGUUAUGCGUUUGUUGGAGCAUUGGCGAAUCUCGAGCAAGCCUUAUUGUCAUAUGUGAGUGAAUUACUGGAAAAGGCCAAUUUUCGUCCGGUUUAUGUACCAGACAUAGUGGAACGUUCCGUAACAGAAGCAUGUGGCCUGCAGCAGCGAUCCUCUCAAGGCAUUCAGUACCAUUUAGUGGAUCGUCCAAAUCUUUGCCUUUCAGGAACAUCCGAAAUGGGGAUAAGUGACCUGAUAAGAGGACGAGUUUUUCGCAAGAGCGAUUUGCCUCUACGAUUCACAGCAAUGAGUCGAUGCUAUCGACCGGAGGUUUCAAAAAAUGCUUGGGAAGCACGACUCUAUCGAGUUCAUGAGUUCACAAAGAUUGAAAUGUAUGCGGUUUGUGACGAUAAGCAGAGUGAUGGUAUUCUGGAUGAAUUUGUUAAUUUGCAAUGCGAAAUAUUUGAAUCGCUUGGUUUGCACUGCAGGUUCGAU